AUGGAGAUAUCCCAGGCCUCUGCUAUUUGCAAAGUCUUUGUUGCAUUGCAACACACCACCAUCAAAGAAGCAACCAAUACUGUACUGUUCAAUGAAAGGUUUGGGUACCGGUACAAGUGGAAGUAUGCUGAACUGCCGGAAAAGGCUGAAUUUCCAUUGAAGGAACUGCUGUCAGCAAAGAACACCGGUAUUUCACAUGAUGACAUCAGGACCAACUUGGUGUGGGAGCCACACAUAAAAGGAAGUGAUGGUGAAUGGAAGGCUUUUUCCUACAAACUAAAGAAUCAAACUGGAAAGAAGUUUGUCAGUCAUCGCACGCCAAUUGGGAUGGAUUUGUUUGCGGGGGCAGGGGGGACUGCGCUGGGUUUCCAGGAAGCUGGAUUGGAUAUUAGGUGGUCUGUGGAGAUGGAUCGCCGGGCAGCUGAGACUCUCCGGCAUAACUCAAAUGACACAAAGCAUGUGAUAGUUGAAGAAGAUGCAAAGAUUGUCCUAAAAAGCAUGCGUGAGGGAAAGAAAAAAGAUGAGCUGCCUGCCCCUGAAGGUCUCGAUACCCUUCAUGCAUCACCAAACUGCCAAGAUUACUCUCUGGCAAAUCCGUUCAGAGGCAGAAAGGUAGGGGACAGCAACAAUACCACCCGACUAUCCACUGAAUAUGCGGAAUAUGUCCUUCCAAAGGUCUUUACAUUUGAGAAUGUCAUGGGCAUCGUCCAGGGUGAAAGUCGCCAUUUGUUCCAGGAAGUGGUGGCAAAACUGCUCGCUUUGGGCUAUCAGGUCCGGGGCUCAGUGCUGAACGCUAUGGAUUAUGGCGACCCUCAAAGUCGGAAGAGAGUUAUCCUCAUUGCUGUCCAGGAUGGCUGUGAGCUUCCCAAGGCACCAGAACCAACCCACGGGGAAGGAACAGGUAGAGCUCAUGUCACAACAUUGGAGGCCAUUGGAGACCUUGAGACACUUGAUCCCGAACCAGUCAACCCGACUGAUCCCGAUGUUAGUUGCUCCAAUCUGAUGCACACGGUCGUUGGGCAUCAGUUUCGGAGGGAUCUCAAGGCCUUUGUUGUAGACCACAGACAACAAGUAUUGCAAUCCCACAAGCCUGCUCCAACGAUUCUUUGUGGGAAAGCUGUUGGCCAUUACAAUUUAGAUCGUGAAGCAACACCCCGGGAGAAAGCGCGACUUCAGGGCUUUCCCGACAACUAUGUCUUUAAGGGAUCCUACCUUGAGCAAAUCAAACAGAUUGGAAAUGCUGUUCCCGUUGGAAUGGCAACAGCGAUUGGGAGAACGGUCAUGAGCUGCUUUCUGAUUACUACCAAAUAG